UCAGAAAAGUAUCUACUGCUCAACUUGUAAUGUAUCCACUUUCAUCGCCGUUACAGCAUGACAACCAUCCUCAAGAAGCCAAACAAAGGCGUGAAGCAUGCUGAAAACUAGAGCCUUCCUGUGAGCCAAAGGUCACCAUGGAGACAGAAGCAGCACCUGCGCAGCCUAAUGACGACAGGGCGGAGACCUGCACCGUAUCCGUCAAGGGUCUGACAGAAAACUGGCAGAAAUGGUCCAACGACCGCUGCGAGUAUCAGAAACAAAAUCCCUUUAGCAACGGCAAGCUGAUUCCACCGCAGAUCCAGCGAGGACAGGAGGGCUACGGCAGGCCUUUAGAGGGCUCCAAAACCGAGCAGAGAGGAAAAGACGCCCACUCUCACAUCAGCAGAGAGGUCACCGAGCUCUGCCAGGUCAUCAGGGAGAUCGGAGAGAGCGGGGGUGAGAGCAGGGUGUGUGUGCGGUUCGGGAGGCUGUUUGAGAGAUACGUCACCAUCUCUAAUAAACUGGUGGGAGUUCUGCUGCGAGCACGCAAGCAAGGGCUGGUGCACUUUGAAGGAGAGAUGCUGUGGCAGGGAAGAGAUGAUGAAGUGCUCAUCACCUUGUUGCAGUGAUGGACACCAUGUGCCUGUCUGUCCAACAUUGCUUUAUAGACAUCCGUUUUACUUGAACGUGAGUUAGGAGUCAGUUGUCGGCCAAAGAAACUUAUGCUAAUGAGAUUUAAACUGAGCGUAUUGAAUUCAAAUGUAGCAAUGUUGUAUACUGUUAUUUUUUUUUCCCCCCAAGUAUCACCAAAAAAGAAUUUAAAAAAAUUACAAUUACAAACAAAAUUCGAAACGGUCUGGUUUAUCAUUGGUCAAAAUGACAGGUAGCCCCACCCCCUCCCAUACCAUCUCUUAAGUCGGUGUUGCUUUUAGGUGCUGCUAAAAAUACUUUUUACGUGUUCGUGCUUUAAAACAUCUUAAACUAGUCUGAAAAAGGUUUGCUGUUCUUAGUUGGGUCUACUAACCUAGUUAGGCUGGUCUGUUUACUGGUUUUAGAGGUACUUUAAAGAAAUCUAAAAUUAAUAAUUUGCUCAGGCCAUCCAAAAUGUAGAUAUCGCUUCUUCAGCGGAACACAUUUGAAGAAAUGCAGUGUUACAUCACUUCCUCGCUAAUGAGUCCUUGGCAGUGAAUGGGUGCUGUCAGGGAGAAUUGAUGGACCGGAGUCGUGUUGAUUACUUGUGAGUUAUUGUGAUGCUUUUGUCUGUCAUUUUGACGGCACCCAUUCACUGUAGAGGAUACAUUAGUGAGCAAAUAAUGUGAUGUUAAUGGCCUAUAGGUAAGAAAAAAAUAAUUUUUCAGUGAACUUUUUAAUUAAGCAGUUUUUUUACAACCUACAAAAUGACUUUAUUCUGCUAUUAUUAUCUCUGCACAAUGAUUUAUCCUCAGAAAUUACACUCAUUUACCUUUAAGUGAACAAUAACAGUGCAACAUUUUAGUCUUAUUCUCAAACCAUAAUCACAUUAAUA